UUGGCCACCUGGAUCAACUACUUAAGUGAUGUAAGUGCGGGUGGGGCCACAGUCUUCCCAUAUUUAAAUGUGGCCAUAAAACCAAAAAAAGGGUCGGCCCUGUUUUGGUAUAACCUAAAAAAAUCAGGCCUAAUAGAUAUGCAAACACUUCAUUGCGGGUGUCCUGUCCUGAUGGGCGACAAGUGGAUCGCCACCAAAUGGAUACCUGAAGCCAGACAGGAGUUCCAUAAGCCCUGUACUCUCGAUAAAUAUGAAUUAAACUAUUUA